UUCACAGUCUUCACUUUCACUUCGAAUCCCAAAUUCUGCGUCAACCCUAACCUCCACAGCUGCGAAGAACGAGAGCUUCAAUCUGGCCAAAAUUGCCCAUUCGCGGUUUCGCUUUGAUCUCCGAAAUGAAGAACGAGAGCUUCAAUCUGGCCAAACUGCCCAUUCGCGGUUUCGCUUCAGGUACUUUCUCCUCUCGUAUCGGAUUCACGCUGCUUCUUCUUUCUCCCUGUCGUAAUUUUGGAACACACGCUGUGAGCAAUUGCGAGACCAUAAGUGGGUUAAACAAUGCUCUGCAUAUGUUCGAUCAACUGUCCCGAGCAAAGCCUUUACCUAGCGUCAAAGAGUUCAACAAAUUGCUGUCCUCGUUAGUGAAGUCGAAAGAGUUUUCCGUUGCCAUUUCACUUUUCAAGGAUAUGCUCUGUUUGAGGAUUCCAAUCGAUGACUAUACAUUGAAUGUUUCCAUCAAUAGUUAUUGCUUAUCUGGGCGGACUGACUGUGGAUUUUCGGUUCUGGGUUGGUUCUUUAAGCUAGGACAUGUUCCCACAGAGCAUACCUUCAACCCAUUAGUGAAGGGUUUGUUUAGAGAAGACAGGAUCAGUGAGGCACGAAUUUUGAUUAAAAGAAUAGUGAGAGAGAGUGAGAUGAACGUGGUUUUAUAUAGGUGCAUAGUAGAUGGACUUUGCAAGACAGGAAACACUGCGGAAGCUCUCGAAUUGAUCGAUUCGAUGGAGAAAAGUGGUUUUCGAGCCGACAAGCAUGUCCUAAGCACUGUGAUUCACAGUUUGUGCAGUGACGGAGCUAUAGACGUUGCUUUGAAGAUAUUCGACGAAAUGCCUAGGAAAGGUGUCUUUCCUGAUGUUGUAACCUACAAUUCUUUGGUUUUUGGAUUAUGUAAUUGGAAUCGAUGGGGCGAAGUGAAAAUUUUGCUCAAGGAGAUGAUAGGUCGCAAAAUUUAUCCAAAUGUUGUCACAUUUAAUACUUUGAUUGAUGUGUUAUGCAAGAAAGGUUUGAUGGAUCCAGCGGAGGAUGUGAUUAAUAAUGUAAUGAGGGGGAAAGGUGUGGAUCCUGAUGUUGUGUCGUAUAACGCAUUGACGGGAGGAUAUUGCUUGCGAGGGCGAAUGGAUGACGCUAAAAAAGUAUUUGAUUCAAUGGUUUGUAGGAAUAUUUUUCCCGAUGUUUACAGCAACAAUAUUCUAAUUCAUGGGUAUUGUUUGCAAGGGCGAAUGGAUGACGCUAAAGAAGUAUUUGAUUCAAUGGUUAAGAGGAAUACAUUUCCCGAUGUUUACACCUACAAUAUUCUAAUUCAUGGGUAUUGCAUAGCGAAGAACAUAGAUGAAGCUUUGCGUGUGUUCAAUGAAAUGUCGCGUAAUAAUUUGAAGCCGAAUAUUGAUACAUAUAAUGUUUUGUUGAAGGGAUUGUUUCAUACACAUGGACAUUCGGCCGCGCUGCGACUUUUUGAUGAUUUGAAGGUUAUUGGUGUGAAACCUGACUUUUAUACUUAUUGCAACACGUUGGAUGGCUUAUGUCGGUUUUGGGAUGCCGAACAAGCAUUAGAGGUUUUACAUGCAUUGGAAAAAAAUGGCGGAUCUCUUCAUAUUAGUUACUACAAUAUUGUGAUGCAUGGAUUGUGCAAAGGGAAAAAACUCGACAUUGCUCUUAAUAUUUUUCACAAUCUCCAUUGUAGAGGUGUGGAGCCGAAUGUUGUGACUUAUAAUAUCUUGAUGUUAGGAUGUUGCCAACACGGACUACUCAAAGAUGCUCAAGAUCUUCUUUCAACUAUGAAGCGAGGAAAAUUGGUGCCGAAUCACAAAACCUAUAAUACCAUCAUUCGAGGAAUUAUAUUACAUGGUGAACUCAAUGAUGCGGUAGUUACUUGUGAAGAAAUGUAUGCAAAAGGAUUCGCCAUCGAUUCGUAUACGGUUUCCUUUCUGCUCAGUUCUCCAAAGUUCCAUUCCGUUCUUCUUAAAAUAGUUCGUAGGUUUCGUCGGAUUACUCUUCAACAGAAUUUAGGAGGAUGAAAAGAAAGAAUGUGCAGGAGUGAAAGUUACUAGGGUUCUUUCUGAGCUCAGCUCGAUCCAGAGGAUGUUCAUCAUCUCAAGCAAUUAUAUAUCCUCUCGUAAGGGUGGACUGGAAUUGAUGCGGAUCAUUCACCAAUGUCAUGCCAGCAUCGGCAUUAUGCUAAAGGGUAAACAUACUCUUGUGGGGUGCUUUCUGUUCUCAAAGAGGCGCUGAACCGAACCGAUGAGGGAAAGACCACAUGCCUAUCCAACUUGAUGUCGAGUUGAGUGAGCAAGAUAAGAUGUGGCAGGAAUCAGGAUAGGAUAGGAUAGGGACACGAAGGAAGAAUGGAAUGGGUGAAUGUGGUUGGCUAUCAUUGUUGAGCUUGAGCAUCCACAUCUUGUCAACUUUAUAUUGCGCCGAAGACGAUGAGAUGAGAUGCCUUCCUUGCCUUUUGCCUUUUGAUCUACGUAUGAGUAUUAUUAAUUAUUAUUCGGAGGUGGUUAGAUUGGAUUGGAUGGAUUUGUUUUUUACUUAGGCUUGUGAGUUAUUGAUUGAUUUAGGAAGGGGAGGGUUUUGGUUUAGAGGUGAUAUCUAAUUUCUUUUUUUUUUUGGAUGAAAUGUUGAAAUUGCAGUUAAAACUUGUUCCCACACAACUAUUAUUGAAUCUAAUACUCUACAAAAUAGAUUUA